AUGGGUCCGAAACCUAACCCACGAACCGACACGGAACACGUGAAUCUAAUGAAGAAAAAUACUGAAGCACCUCAUACAUCAAUUGGCGAGGAGAUCCAGGCAGUUGAACAUGAACGAGAACGCUUAGAGAUAUACAAAAAACUCCUUGACCUACAACAACAAGUCAACACUCUUCGCGCAGAAAUUCAAGCCUCUGAGAGCAACCAGCGCGACACAGAGCCAACUGAUCACACUAUUAGUGCCAACCUCCCCUACCUCAAGUUCACCCUCGCUUUCUACGCCUACCAAAAACAAUACUUUGAGAAUAUUGAUGAACACAAAAUUCUUGAAGCAGCAACGCAUUUUGAUGCCAACCUUCCACAAAAAUGGCAACAAUACUACACCAACCUGAAGACACCUAUUACCUGGAGUGAAUUUUAUAACUGGAUUCAUGCUAGGCUUAUCAAUCCUGACAAGGCAAACCAGGACUACGAGCUGAAAUAUCAAGAACUAAAACAAUCUGAGGGUCAAACUAUACAUGACUUUGUAUUUGCUCUUCAGUCGAUUGAAAGAAAUCUCCGCCAGAAGUACAGUGAUUAUCAUCGAAAGGUUCAUCUAUUUAAUAAGAUCCUAUCCUCUCUCCGUGCAGAGUUUGAGAGAUAUGCAGUCAAGCUGGACGACCUCUCCUAUGACGCUUUCAUCAUGAAACUGGGCAUUGUGGAAAGCAACAUCCUGAAAACUACCACACCAUCAAGCGCAACUACGCAACGAAAGAGGAGUGCUGGUCGCGGAAACCAUUCACGUGAUGUUGCACCGACAGCACGUCAAAAUGACAGCCAAAAACGCAAAGAGUGCUCCAACACCUGGUAUUCCAAAGUUCAGACGAGUUUUAUUAGUGAUUUCAACAUUAGAGCGCUCCACGCACAAUUGAAUGAUUUCGACGGCCACCAAACACUGUCAUUUGGAACUAUCAAACUGGCAGUAGAAGUCUCAGAUAGCAAGGAAUCUACUUACUCGCCUCCACUCCACCGGCUUCCGGGCCUCUUACCGGAACCUCCGGGCCUAGGUCUCCGUACCAGCCUCCGGGCUUGCCCCCGAAGCUUCCGCGCUAUUAGGGGACAGCGUACUCGCAAAUACAGCUUCCAUCGAUGGUCUGCUUGCCCUGUAGCGCAUUCGUACUUCCAGAUGCGAAUUGACUCUGUCGGCUCCGUCACUUUGGACCGAUCGAAUGCUGGGAUUGGUGCUGUAUUUGAACAUGUCCUUUACAACCCGGAUAGUGAUGUCGGCAGGGCAAUUGCUCAAUUCAAAAGGGACACAAAGAGCAUUAAUAAACCAAACAUGCCAACUGGCACUGCCAAAUACUUGACCUGGAAGUCCUCAAUGAAGUCUAGGCUUGUGGAUGCCCAGUGCUGGGUCCUAAUAGAGAGGGGGCAAACUCAGAGUCCAUCUGACAACUCUCAAUGGACACCCUUCUGGGAAGCAAAGAACUGA